AUGACGGAAACAUCAACUGUUAAGGUAAAAACCGAGCGGCCUGAUGAGGCGGAGAUCAGGGAAUUGGCUGCAAAGAUGGUGGAAGCAAAUAAAGCGAAGGCUUUGGCAGCUUCUGCAGCGGCUGCUCGACCGCCACCCGGUGCUAUGAUGGGUGCUGCACCACCAGGCGCGGGCGGGCAAAUGGGCAUCCUUAACUUCUUAACCCGUAAACCUGGUGCGAACAACGAGCAACAGCGACCUGCCCCUGACGAAAAGAAGACGCCAGCACCCGAUGAAGCUAGUUGGAAGGGUCACUUUGGAUGGGAUAUGCUCGGUAAAUGCCAUAUUCCAUACAUCUACCGUUCGGGCGAAAAGUAUGUAGCCGUCCGCAUGGUGGAAAUCAAACUCCUCAACAAGUACCUGAACUAUUUACACGCUGAUAUCUACUCUUGUACAUGUAUUAGAAGUUACUAUAUAACGGAAAUAGAAGCACGGUUACUAAAUGAAAUCAACAAUAGGCACUGUGAUGGACAAUUUGGGCGUGAACCAUUUACACAGAAGGACUUGGUAGUGAGGCUCUCAGAUGCUUAUGAGUUCUAUAACUUCUUAGACGUUUGUUACAAUAAGUUGUUACGUGGUACAACAAACAAUAAAGACAAGUGUGGGUUUAUUAGAAUAAACAAAGAAUCGGUUGUUCCAUAUACUGUUCGUGAUAAUCAGAAAUUUGUUCCUCUAUUCUAUUUUGAAGGUGAAACAGACAAUUUGAAGUUGAAAGCGGACCAGCUUAAAGGCUGGGACCUAUCAUACUUGAAGUUCUGCUGUAAAGUGCAAGGGAUACGGAAUGAACUGUUUGCCAGUGAGACUUGUUCUGUGAUAAGUUUAACGGACAUCAAAAGUUAUUUUCCACCUGGGACCGAGUUUGAGGAAUACUGGCCUAACAAAGUUGUGGAAUCGCAGCUUUUAAUAUCAGCAAAAGGGUCAGCGUCGGGUGCGGGGCAGUGGACGCGCGCGCCGCCCGCGCCGCCGCCGGGCGCGGGCGCGGGGGCGGGCGGCGGCGCGGGCGCGCUGGCGGCGGGCGCGGGCGUGGGCGCGGCGGCGGGCGUGGUGGUGGGCGGCGGCGCGCGCGGGCGCCGGCCGGCCGCCACGCGCCACUCGGCCGCGGCGGCCGCGCUGCAGCUGCCGCACGCCGGCAUCUCGGCCGCCGCCGUGCAGGCGCUCGCCAACGGCUGGAGCCUGCCCGGACAGCUCACGCAGGCGCAGACGCAGCAGGUGCUGCGGCUCGCUCAGGCGCAGGUGGCAGCGCAGGCGCAGGCCGCGGCGCGCUACAGCAACGCGGCCAUCGCCGCCGCCGCCGCCGCGCUGCCGCAGCACCGCUCGCAGCACCAGCGCAACGUGCAGUUUCCGAACAGUGCAAUAACAAUGGCGAUGGGCCAGCAGCCACCCCCACCUCUGGUGAGGAGCACUGCAAACACCACGACUAUGAAUGUUCCACCACAAGUUACUGGGACAAUGAAUGGCCACUCAACCUCUCACUCCGUGGACACGCGCAAAAGGCUUACACCCAUACCCGACAUCAAUAUAACUGGCAGCCAUACGCCGUAUAAGGUUCAAAAAGCACUGGUGGAGAAUACAAUGGUGCCAUGUAUCAAUGCGAAGCCAUAUCAGUACACAGAGCUGCUGAUGACGCUGCCCGAUCUAGCGAGCCACUUCUUCCCGCGUGUAUCCCUGGCUACCUGCCGGGCUAUGCUAGAUGCUCUCGGCCUCACACUCUAUAGACCUAACUCGACGCAGCUGCAAGUGCUGCGCAACUCGGGCAAGUGCAAGUCUGCGGCGGCGGGCGAGAACGGGCUCGCGCUGGUGCAGAUCCGCGACGUGAUGCAGCGCAUGCCGCAGUUCAAGUACAUGCUGCGCUCGGGGCUGGCCGAGGACGAGCACGCGCACGGGCACGCGCCGCACCAAGCGCACCAGGCGCACCAGCACCAGCACGCGCCGCGCCCCGCGCACGCUGCGCAGCCGCCGCACGCCAAGCGCGCGCGCGCCAACUGA